UCUUGUACGGUACGGACGAUCGCAACGCGUUUAUUAUAAUAAUUCAGUAUUCUCAACGUCAAUAAAAUGUCUUUCAACAUUGAUGACCCUCAAUACCACAUGGGACAUCUAUUCAUGGACUGCAUGAGAAGACGACCUGAUUCAGUGUGCCAGGUAGACGCAGCAACAGGGGAGACAGAGACCAACGCGUCAGUACUACAGCGGUCUGUGCGGUUAGCCAAGUACAUGCGGACGCUCGGUCUUAAGCCGGGAGAUGUACUGGCACUGGGGGGAAGAAACCACUUGGAUCUUUAUAUACCAUAUUAUGCUGCCUUAAUGAAUGGAUAUCCUAUAACCGGCGUCGAUCCACUAUUCAAAUUACAUGAAAUCAAAAGCUUUUUCAAAUUGACGCAACCAAAAAUAGCGUUUUGUCAACAAAAUCAACGGGAGAACUACUUGGAGGCUGCCCGCGAAUUGGGCCUUGACACGAGAGUCAUCACAUUUGACGGAGACGAGUCGAUGUCCAAGUUACUAGCUGACUUCGCUGAUGACGAUAUUGCUGAUUUUCAGCCGGCCACUUUCGAUUUAGACAAGGUUUACGUCUGGCUGAUUAGCACUGGUGGUACAUCGGGAGCUCUGAAAGUAGCUGCCAUCAAACACAAAGCUUGGAUUAGAAAAGCGAUUUCAUUCACUUUGUGUCUGCUUGAAUUAAACGAUAAAGAUGAUACCAGUCCAGUAAUUGCGCUGAAUCUGUCUCCCGUGCAAUGGGUGUCGGGACUUUUUAACGCAAUGAGCGCACCGCUUCUCAACCAAACAAAGGUACAGACGUCAGCGCUACUUACAAUGGAACAUGUCGUUGAGAUCAUAAACAAGUACAAGCCAAAAACCACAAUGAUGAACCCGUCGCUAGCUUCUAAUUUGUUGGCCUAUGAAAACUGUGACUUCAAAUGCUUCAAAAGCUUCGUUUUAGGAGGCGGGAAAUUACAUACGGAUGUUAUUUUGGCACUAAAGAGUAGAUUACGGCACGACGCGUUAUUGAUCGAAGGGUACGGGCAGACAGAGAACAUAGGACCGGUAUUCGCAACGAACCAUAAAACGCCAAUCGGUAGUUGCGGCAAAAGAUCGAACUCUGUUGAAGUUAAGUUGGUAGAUCCUGAGACUGGUCUAGAAAUAACUGAACCACAUGUCCUGGGAGAACUGUGGACUAAAGGAGAUUGUUUUACAGAGUACUACAUGAAUCCAGAAGAAACUGCUAAGGCCUUCACAGCGGAUGGCUGGUUUAAAACCGGGGAUAUUUUGUACAGAGACGAAGAGGACUUUUUCUAUUUCGUCGAAAGAAUGAGCAUGAUCAUCCAAUACAGGAGCUUCCGUGUUAUACCUCUCGAAAUCGAAGGGGUGAUCAGAACUCACGAAGGAGUCUUGGAUGUUAGUGUUACCAGUAUACCUAGUGAAGAAGACGGCGAACAUCCCGUAGCGUGUGUGGUGAGACGGAAGGAUGCCACCGUCACAGCAGAGGAGAUAAAAGACCAUGUUGCCGAUAAAUUGUCGGAUUCAAAAAGAUUAAGAGGCGGAGUUAUAUUCAUGGACGAAUUGCCGAUGACAUCCGUGGGAAAGGUGGCCCGCGCGAAAUUACGACAAUUGGCGCAAAACCUACCACGGGAAUGAACUAAAACACUUCAUCCUGAGUUAUAUUAUACAUUAUAUAUAUUGGCUCCAAAAGUCGUUAUUAUUGGUAUAAUCUUAUCUUUCUUAUUACUAAUACAUUAUUUAAUAAAAAGUCAACAUGUUAUUAUAGC